GUGGAUUGGUGUACUUUGUCAAUUGGAUCCGCCUUUGAGCGCUGAGCUCGCUCGGCUGUGAACGUUAGGUCAAAGGGCUUUACAAUAUCAUAGUUCUUUUUCGCCCGUUCGUCGGGACGCGUACGUGGAGCUGGUCUUAUACACACCACUAUCAUAUGUCCCAACGAUACAGAGCACCAAAUACAGCGCUACGAGACCGUUCAGCUCUCCUCGGCGUCACACCUCCAGCCUCGGGACGCUCGUCACCAUAUAGCAGCCCAAACUCAGGGCCUUCAGGCCACCGCUACGUGGAUGACUUGGAAGGUCAGAACGACGAGGCUUUGGAGGGCCUGGCAGCUAAGGUGAAGCUGCUCAAGGAUAUCACCGUUGGUAUUGGAAACGAAGUCCGAGAAUCGACUGUGCAACUCAGCCAGAUGAAUGACGCAUUCGCGGAGACCUCGGGCAUCCUAGCUGGUACGUUCCGUCGGAUGAACAACAUGGCACAGCGGCAGGGUUGUCGAUGGUUAUGGUACAUCCUAUUUCUCGUACUCGUGUUCUGGUUCUUCAUCGUUGUAUGGUGGUUUCGGCGAUGACAAUCACCCACUAUGGACAGUUUCUUCGGAUCGAUUGCUUGCUCAGUGCGCCU